UUUUUUAACGGUUGCGUGUGUAAAGUUAGUGACCUUAGAGUGAAGCAUGAUUUAACCGUGAGGAAAACUGCAUUUGAGUUAGGAAUCGAAAUCGGAUCGAAUCGUAGCAGGCCCAGACAGCAUUAGCAAUGCCUUGGAGACUGUCACCAUUCACUUUUUGAAUCGAACCAGACUAGAACACUUGGCUUAAUUACACAAGCGAUUCUAGGCUAAAAUUUAACAACAAAUUGACAUUAUUCUUGAUCCGUUUUUGUCAACUUGUUACGGAAAUUAUUCAUUCUUGUUUUGGGAGUCUAAAAGGGGUUUCGGGAUGAACGAACGCCGUGUUUUCUGCACGAAUGCUGAGACCAUGGGUCAGUCCACAUCGCCGCCAUCUACGCCGCGCGGCCCUCCACCCUCGGCCCAAUUCGAACAGCAUCAGCAGCAAAAACAGGAGGAAAAGUAUGAACAGCAGUCAAGAGUACAAGAUGCAAAUCAAACUGUGCAGCAGCCUAAAGAGCUGACAAAGGAUGAACAGCAGCCAUCACAAUCACCAAAGCCGCCACAAUCGGUGGAAAACGAACUGCCGUACCUAUGCAGUCAGUUUGCUGCGACCAACUUGGCGGUUGGUGGAUGUGAGACGACUGUUGAACAACACAAACACAAUUCCAGAUCGACGCCCAUAACUACGGAACACUAUCGCAAUCAGCUGCAGAAGCUGCGCAGCAUUUGCGGCCAUGCGGCCAUUAUGAACUUUGAGCUGAAUAACAUAUUCCUUAAGCGACUCGAGGAGAUCGACUGCCUGGAUGAGCAAUGCGGCGGCGAUUCGCUGCGUCUGGUCACAUUUCAAGAUUGGGUCGAUCUGCUGCUGCAUGUGAACUACAUUAUCUUUGGCAAUAUGUCCGCCAUGGAGGUGGAGGCUUACGAGAAGAUCAUGAACUGUUUUCAGUCGGUGCGCGGUGAGCAGCAACAGGCCCAGAAUGAGAAUCGUAAGCUGCGCAAGGAUAUGUGCGCCAUUAUCAAGCUGGUUCAGCAGGCUUUCCAUCACAACACCUGGAACACGAAUGACAUAUGCUUGGAAACGUUGACAGUCAAUCAGCUAUUGGGCAUACAGGUGGAUCAGACACGUCCGGAGAGCGAAACCGAGAAGGUAACCAAAGACAUGAAUUCUCUGGCCAAUGAGAUGGCCGCCAAGCACGACGAGGUUUGCCGCCUGCAGGCCCAGAUUUGUACCCUCGACGAGGUGGUCCAAACGGCGCGGCAGAAGCUCAUUCUCAAAGACCAAUGCAUAGCGCAGCUCAAUCAACAGUUGGCGGAACUACAAGAUUGCAUGGCAAAUAUGACACAGGAUGUGAACAGCAAGUCCAGACUAGUUGAGCAGUAUGAGGAGGUCUUCGAUACGAUGGACUGCAGCAGCUGUUUGUUUGACAACAUCAACGAGAAGGAUCAGCAGGCGAACCAGCUGAUGCGCCUGCUCAAUAAGGAGCUGACGGAGUUCAUGGAUCUCUUAAGUGCCAAGGACAUUCAGGUCAUGGAGUGUAGGCGAAAGCAGCUCUCCUGCAUCUUCGAGAGAAUUAACUCUGAUCGCAGCGAAACACUUGGCGAAUUGGAAAACUUGCGCGCACAGCUGCGAUCAUUGGAUGGCAAUAUAGACGAGCUGGAAGUGCCGUCUUGCUGCGACACUCAGCGAUCCGAAGAUAAUUAUGAUAAUCAGCUAAUCGAUGGACUGCGUCGGCGAUUAAAGACGAUCAACGAGGUCAACAAGCAGCUGAACAGCAGGUGCCAACAGGCGGAAGCCCAACAACGAUUUGAGCUUAUGAAUAUCCGCUGCGCUUUCGAAGCUGAGAAAGAAAUCAAUGCGAAAAAUAGCAAAGCCUUGAAAGAAAUAGCUGAUCUACUCUCCAAGCUGCGCUGCUCUGAUCUGUCAUAUGAGGAAAUCUAUACUGAAAAAUCUACAGAGAAUCCAUUUUGUAUAGCCAUCAUGGAAAUGUAUGAGAAGUUAAACGAGCUGGAGAACAGUAAGGAGGAGGAGAACCUGCAAUUAUUCAACGAUCGACUGGUUUGCCAAAUCGAAAGUCUGCGGAAGACUUUGAUGGUACGUGAACAGGAAAUCGAGCAACUGCGUUUUACUCUAACAGGUUAUAUCGAUUUAAAAGAGACUAACAGACUCCAGGAUGAAAUUGUAGCACUGAAGCAAAAAAAUUGUGAACAGUCACAGAAAGUUCUGGAAAUUGCUAGUUUGCUCAAAGCUCAGGAGGACGAGCGACAGAAGAUAAUGAAAAACAAUGAAUCAGCGAUGGAAAUGUAUGAGAAGCAACAUAAGGAACUGCGUCGAGCGAAUCGUGAUGUGCAGUGCCUGCAGGACCGCUUGAGCCUGUUGGAGAAGAAUCAGGAGGAGCUUAAAACAGAGCGGAAUAUGCUGCGCGAGCAGGUCUCUGCCCUGAAGGAGAAGGACGCCGAGUGGAGUGGAAAAGAUCGAGCGUUGUGCAAUCAGCUGAGAUACCGAGAUCAGGAGCUUAAGAAAUCACGUAGUUUGCUGGACCGUUUGUAUAAGGCGAACGAGGAUAUGCGUCUUGAAAUGCGCGCCGUUGCCAGCGAAUGUAAACAGAUGCAGCUCAAGCUGAAACAGCAGACGAACGUAAAUGAGCAGCAGAAACAGAUCAUUGAGUCGUUCCGCAAAUGGAAGGAUGCACAGAUUCGAUCGGAUGAUGCCAUGCGUCAAUGCAUCCAGCGCGCCGAGGAGCACAUCAGCCUAUUGCUGGAGGAGAAUCAACGUCUGUGCGAGGAAUACCGGCGCCUUUAUAGCCGCUAUGAGACAUAUCCUUCUAACCAACAGCAACCAGACGGUGAGGUAUCCAGUGGUCGGACGGAGAACGACGAAAUGAGUGAUCGUUUGAGGUUUAUGUCAAGUACGGCACAGCGCCUCUCUGCACAGUGCCAAGCACUGAAAAGUAAUUCGCUGGAUUUGUCCAUAAUUAAAUCCAUGCGAGCCGAUGAACAUUUGGAACCCGAAACAGACGUGUGUUAG